AUGCAGCGGGGAGGUACUUUCACGGACUGCGUAGGCAAUCCAGGCAGUGGUAAGAUGGAAGACGAUAUAAUCAUCAAGCUUUUGUCCCAAGAUUUCAAUUACGACGAUGCUCCACAGGAAGGCAUCCGAAGACUUAUGUCCACAUUUACUGGCCAAGAGAUACCCAGAGGGAAGCUCCUAGAUACAUCGAAGAUCGAAAGCAUACGAAUGGGUACCACGGUUGCCACUAAUGCGUUACUAGAGCGAAAAGGUGAGCGAAUUGCGAUGAUAGUUUCAAAGGGCUUUAAAGACUGUUUGGCCAUUGGCAAUCAAUCAAGGCCAAAAAUCUUUGAUCUUGCAAUACGAAAACCCGAGACUCUUUACGAAAAGGUAGUUGAGAUCGACGAAAGGGUGACGCUCGAAGACUAUGCAGAGGAUCCCAAAAGGCAUACCACACAAAUAGAUGACGAGUCCGACACCAAUGACUUAGUCAAGGGAUUGUCCAGAGAGGCGGUCCGUAUUCUGAAGAGACCUUCCGAGGACACGGUAAGAUCUCAACUUCAGGAUUUGCGUCAGGAGGGCUUCAAAAGCAUCGCAGUCUGCCUCGUUCAUGGCUACACAUUUCGUGAUCAUGAGGCCCUUGUCGGUACGAUAGCAAGAGACAUUGGUUUUGAGCAUGUGAGUCUAAGUCAUGAGUUGAUGCCAAUGAUUAAGCUGGUGCCUCGCGCAACUUCAGCGUGCGCAGACGCAUACCUGACUCCGGCCAUUAAGAAGUACAUUGCGGGCUUUGAAGCCGGCUUCGAAGGUGGUCUGGGGACAGAGAGCGUAAAAAAGAGGCAGGUGCCAAGGGAGCUCGGGCUUGUCGAUGUAGCUCGCUUCUCUGGUUUGCGUGCGAUAUUGUCCGGUCCUGCUGGCGGGGUUGUGGGCUACGCAAUGACAUCCUAUGACUCCACUACAAAAAUUCCGGUCAUCGGGUUUGAUAUGGGUGGCACAAGCACUGAUGUAAGCCGAUAUGGAGCCGGGAGGUAUGAUCAUGUAUUUGAAACAACUACCGCUGGCGUCACCAUUCAAUCUCCGCAGCUUGACAUCAAUACAGUUGCGGCAGGUGGAGGCUCUCGUCUCUUCUUCCGCAACGGCCUAUUUGUUGUCGGACCUGAAUCUGCUGGUGCUCACCCUGGGCCCGCCUGCUAUCGUAAGGGCGGCCCAUUGACGGUCACAGAUGCCAAUCUGCUUCUUGGCCGGCUCCUGCCCGAUUUCUUCCCCAAGAUCUUUGGAAAGACUGAAGACCAAGGACUCGAUGAGGAAGCAAGCAAGAAGAAAUUUGAGGAGCUAACGGCUGAUAUCAACAUGGAGGUUGCAGGAGAAGACAAAGAAAAAGAGAUGACCGCUGAUGAAGUAGCUUAUGGCUUCAUCAAGAUUGCAAAUGAAACCAUGACACGUCCUAUUCGUUCGUUGACGGAGGCUAAAGGUCAUGAUACUUCACAACAUCGGCUGGCAACCUUUGGUGGCGCUGGUGGACAGCAUGCAGUUGCAAUUGCAGAGAGCCUAGGAAUUACUCAGAUCUUAGUCCAUAAAUACUCAUCCGUGCUUUCAGCGUACGGCAUGGCACUAGCAGAUGUUGUGGCCGAGAAUCAAUUACCGGAAUCAAAGACAUGGUCUGAUAAAGGCGAAGUAAUUGAUGAUCUCAAGAAGACAAUGGCAGGUCUAAAGAAGCAAUCCACGGCCACGCUGAAAGAUCAAGGCUUCCCUGAAGAAAGUAUAGUAUUCGAAGAAUAUCUUAACAUGCGGUAUCGAGGUACCGAGUCUGCACUGAUGAUCAUCAGACCCAAUGAACAAGAAGCCAAGGAGUCUUUCGAUGCGGAUGACUGGGCUUUCGGCAAGGCAUUCGUCAAGCAGCACGAACAAGAAUUCGGUUUCACUCUGCCGGACCGAGAUAUUAUUAUUGAUGAUGUCCGUGCUAGAGGCAUCGGCAAGAGCUUUGAAGGACUGGAAAAGACUGUCGAUAAGCAGCUGGCAGAUGUUAAACCUCAAAAUGUACCAGAAAGCAGGAAAUUUGCCACCUCCAAGGUGUACUUUGAAGGUGGACGACUAGACACUCCAAUCUACAAACUAGAGAACCUCGAUCUUGGUCAUCGGGUUCAGGGGCCUGCAAUUCUUGCUGAUGGAACGCAAACAAUAGUUGUCACCCCAGGGGCUUCAGCUCUGAUCAUCGAGACACACGUCGUCAUCAACAUAGGCGAAGACGGCGGUCAAGGAAAGAAAGUCAACGCAACUGAGGUCGAUCCUAUCAUGCUCAGCAUUUUCGCCCACCGCUUCAUGGCCAUCGCCGAACACAUGGGCCGAGCACUACAAAAGACAAGCGUCAGCACAAACGUGAAGGAGCGUCUCGACUACUCCUGCGCCCUCUUUGACUCCAGCGGCGGUCUGGUAGCCAAUGCACCCCAUCUACCUGUCCAUCUUGGCAGCAUGUCCACUUGUGUAAGCACGCAAGCCGCCAUCUGGAAAGGCAAGCUGAAGCCAGGCGACGUAAUCGUUUCUAACCACCCUGAAUUCGGGGGGACUCACCUCCCAGACAUCACAGUGAUCACCCCCUCUUUCAGCAACAACGAAAUUGUUUUCUACGUCGCUUCUCGCGCUCAUCAUGCUGACAUUGGCGGUAUUCUCCCUGGCAGCAUGCCUCCUCACUCCCGCGAGCUCUAUCAAGAAGGAGCAGCCAUAAAAUCCGAACUUCUAGUCAGCGCCGGCACCUUCAAUGAAACCCGAAUCACCAACCUCCUCUAUCACGAACCCGCCCAGUACCCAGGAUGCAGCGGCACCCGCUGUCUCGCCGACAACAUGAACGACCUCAAAGCGCAAAUCGCUGCGAACCAGAAAGGCAUCAACCUGAUCUCCACCCUGAUUUCCGACUACGGCGAAGACGUCGUCCAGUUCUACAUGCGCCAAAUCCAAUCCAACGCCUCCCUCGCGGUGCGCAACCUCCUCAAAUCCAUCGCUGAGCGCUUCCCCAGCACAUCCACCUCAGCAAAAGGCUCACUAAAAGCUACAGACUACAUGGACGACGGCUCCCCUAUCAGCCUCUCCAUCUCCAUCUCCCCCGAAAAGGGCGAAGCAACCUUCGACUUCACAGGCACGGGCGCCGAAGUCUACGGCAACAUCAACGCCCCCGAAGCCGUCACCUACUCCGCGAUAAUCUACUGCCUCCGCAGCCUCAUCUCCGAAGACAUCCCGCUGAACCAAGGCUGUCUCGAACCCAUCACCGUCAAGAUCCCCAAGGGCUCAUUCCUCUCCCCGAGUGACCAGGCCGCCGUGGUGGGUGGGAACGUGCUCACGAGCCAGCGCGUCACGGACGUGAUACUCAAAUGCUUCAAUGCCUGUGCAGCCAGUCAGGGCGAUUGCAAUAAUCUGACAUUCGGCUUUGGCGGCUCCAAAGGCAGUGACAGUGGCGCUAAAGGGCAGGGAGAUGGCAAGCAGCAAGCAGCAGAGCCCGAGAAGGGCUUCGGCUAUUACGAAACCAUAGCCGGCGGCUCCGGGGCAGGGCCCACGUGGGAAGGCACGAGCGGCGUGCACACGCACAUGACCAACACGCGCAUCACGGACGCGGAGGUCUUUGAGCGGCGGUAUCCCGUUAUCUUGCGUGAAUUUUCGCUGAGGGAGGGGUCUGCGGGGGAGGGAUUGCAUAGGGGCGGAGAGGGCGUGGUGAGAGAUAUCGAGUUCAGGAUCCCGGUGCAGGUUAGUAUUUUGAGUGAGCGGAGGGUUUAUAGGCCGUAUGGGCUAGAAGGGGGAGGGGACGCGGGGGUGGGGAAGAAUUAUUGGGUUAGGAGGGUUAGGAAGGGUGGAAGGGUGGAGGUGGGUGGUGGGAAAGGGGGCGAGGUGAAGGAAGAGGGUCAGGAGGAGGAGAGGUGGAUCAGUCUGGGAGGCAAGAAUACGGCUGCUAUGAAGCCGGGGGAGAGAAUUGUGGUUUGUACGCCUGGAGGGGGCGGGUGGGGAAAGGUACGUGGGGAGAAGAUGUUGGGGAUGGGGAGGAAGGAUGAGCAGGCGAGUUGGAGGAAGGGCUCGGUUGCUCAAAGGGCUGAAGCGCAGGAGACUGUUUGA